ACCUCUACUCUCUUGACACUGUCAAUUAAUGCAGGCAUACAGGGAGGGGGCAAAAGGUUUGACAUCGAGAAGAGGAGCAGUAUUACAAACGUAAUAAACACGUCAAGUUUGGGCAAAGUGUGUCCAUACAGCUUGCAGUAGUUCGUGACCUUCCUGUCCUGACGGUGACCAUCAUGUGAAUCAAAGAGGCUGCUGGUUGCCCCACAUCAGGCCGGCCUCUCGCCAUCAAUCCUUGCCGAAGUCAUCUCCGCCCCCCGCCGUUAGCUUGAAGCUACAUCCCCUCGCCCGGAUGCGCCGCCAUGCCGACUGCAACGCCACAAUCAUUUAUUCACUCACUUGCCUGACACGAGUAUCGAGAGUUGGCCGAGGACGCAGCUAGGCGCGUGUGGUACGCACUGAACCCCGCACCACAGCCAAACUAGUGCAGACAUACGCUGUGUUGACGUUAUUAUUCAUAAUAAUAUUUGUAUUAGCCGCGUGUUAGCAUCGAUGUGGUUGCAUUUGUAUGCUAGUUAGCUGCUAGCUAACAUUAGCUCAGCUAGUGACAGUCUGGACGGAGGCGGGGAGAACUGUGAGGUGAGUCUAUUAUUUUGAUGGUGUCCACACUCCGGACUGCGCUCGAAAAGAUCCAAUACACGUUUCCAUGUCCAAACCGGCUCUGGAAAUCAAUCGCAAUGUCCGUUGACGAAGACACUGUAAAAACCGCUAGCCCACAGGCUAGCUCAACUUCAUCGUUGCAGAUUUCAGAAUGUUCUGGAAGUUUUAGCACCGCUUCAGUUUUAGCGGAAGGUGCAGCCGUGGCCGCCUCAGACUUGGCUGCUUCUUGCCCAGUCCCCGGCACCGCCGCCUCACCAAAGCACACCAGCACAGUUGACGCUCUGAGCCACUCUCAUGGCGGUGGGCCAAGAUCCAAAGGGAACGAGACAAGCAUCAAUCGCAGAAAUAGCUUCCACCACGGCAAACAGCAUCAACAAACGAGAGUGGCGAAGCGUCGCAACACAUCAAGCUUUAAUUUCAAGCAUCCCACCUCUGGUAAAAGGAGACGGCGGGUAAACUCAGAAAGUGACUCUGUCUUGCCAACUAACUUUCUCCUGGGAGGGAAUAUUUUUGACCCAUUAAAUCUCAACAGCCUGCAGGAUGAGGAGGUCAACCGGGCGCUGAAUGCAGAAACCCCCAAAUCGUCCCCGUUGCCGGCAAAGAGUCGAGAUCCCGUGGAGAUCCUCAUCCCCAGGGACAUCACAGAUCCUCUCAAUCUUAACAGCUGCAUCGGGGACAGCAGCUUUUUGGUGUCCCCCUUAAAAAGCGGCGGAAGGCGAAGGCAUCGCAACAGACAUCACGGUGGCAGCUUUUCAUCCCAGUUACACCUUUGCGAAUCUGGAAAAAACGAGGUCAAAACUGGAGAGUCUGUGUCACUUCCUGGUACGGUAACUCGUUCUAAUCUGGAAGUCUCGAAAGCGUCAGACAGAGUCUCUGGUGGCGAGGGAGAUUCUCGUGUCCUCCCUGCAGACGAUUCGUCCAACUUGAAGGAAGAAGCCACCUCCAUAUCUAUGGAGGAUUCCACUUCCUCCGCUCAGGGGGGGAUUGUCCAGCACAUAAGCAGGCGCAAGCGGAGGCGCAACUCUGGCAAAAUGGACCCCCCUGUGACUCAUUCUACCCCUGUAGCGAAAUCUGCAUCGGGUGAGCAAAAUCAUAAACCUGGGGGAUCCAAAAAUUCCUUCCACACGCCCAGGAGUGGAUCCAAAUCUGCUCCGGGAGGUCGUCAGCACCAGCAUGCGCACAACCAGGCCAGGGACCAACAGAAAAAGAAGUUCCAGUAUGGCAACUACAACAAAUAUUACGGUUACCGCAACCCAAGUGCAAAUGAAGACCCCCGGGUGCACGUCUUUCGCCCAGAGUGGUUUGAAGGUAAACGCGUGCUCGAUUUAGGCUGCAACUCGGGCCACCUCACCCUCUACAUUGCAAAAAUGCUGCGGCCAGCCCGCAUAUUGGGAUUGGACAUUGACAACGGGCUGGUGCACGCCGCCCGCAAGAACAUCAGGCAUUACCUCUCCGAGAUGGAGACGCAAGAGGCCAGGCGGGCGAUGCAGGAGGGGGACACCAGCUGCGAUGGUGAGCAGAGGCACACGGAGAGCAGGGAAAACGGCGACACACUCAAAGGGGAAAGCGGCCUCGCGAAGGAGGCGGACGACAAGGACUCUUGUGGCACGGAACAGGUCAAGGCUCGGAGACAAGAUGGCAAAAUAGAAAAAAUGGAGCACGUGGGUAGCGAUCAGCCCGGGAGCUGCUCUUUCCCUCUGUCACUGCAGAUCUCCCGGGGGCCCAUUGCUGCACCUCCUCUUAACGAAUCCUCCACCGCAAAGCCAGGGGAGUUCCCCGCCAAUGUGUCCUUCAUCAAGGCCAAUUAUGUGCUGCAGAACGACAACCUGCUCGUGACCCAGCGGCCCGAGUACGACGUGAUCCUGUGUCUGAGCGUCACCAAAUGGGUUCACCUGAACUGGGGGGACAGCGGCCUCAAGCGCCUCUUCAAGAGAGUCUACCGACAUCUUCAUCCCGGAGGCCUCUUCAUCCUCGAGCCGCAGCCCUGGCAAUCCUACAUCAAGAGGAAGAAGCUGACGGAUACCAUAAACAGAAAUUUUCACAGCAUUCGCCUCAAGCCCGAUCAGUUUUCCUCCUAUCUCACUAAUGAAGUGGGCUUCACCAGUUGCGAGUUCCUCGGAACGCCGAAAAGUUUAAGCAGAGGUUUUCAGAGGCCAAUCUACUUGUUUCACAAAUGACCGCUUCUGCCUUUGUGAUGGGACUGAAUGUGAGUAAACGCACAGCCAGCUGCUGGACGCUUCCAUCUCCGUCUCAGACUUUUGAUGAGGGACUUUCUUGAAGAAGGGGACCAAAAGCAGGAUGUUGGGUUUUUUUUAUGUGUGUAUAUGGAUGAAGGGGGUGAAAAGACUCUCCAGUCACAGAGGAACAGACACUCUGCUUGGACAUGACUACUUGCAAACGAUACGUAUGAUGCAUGGCGGUGUCGUGCGUUUGGAUACCUUGGGCUAUUAUCUCUUUUUUUCCCCUAUAUGAAUACUGUGUUGUGUGCCACCUCAAUGACACAUGGAGCAGAUCUGGGUGCUUAUGCAGAAUGUUCUCCAAUGACCAUUUCAAAAGAUGUUUUCCUCACCUCCAUGAACUCGGUGUGGCCAGACUUGAGCUACUGACUCAUUCCCGGUCAUACGAGCAAUUCGUGGCCUAAGCACACCACUCACAAGUUGUUUCCGUCGAAUAAAAUGGUUACCGGUAAGUUGAAAUUCUACUUUAACUGCAUCAGCCUUAAAUUUUGUUGAUUGCUGCCAAGUCACAGUCUCGAUUUUUUUUUUUCGUAUUUGGCACACUAUGACAAAAUGAGGCCCAGGGGUUGACCAAACAUCAAAGUACAUGACAGACUGCAUUGUAAAAAAAAAAAAAAGAAAAAAGAUUGCACUCGCAUCAGCCAAAAACAUGGUCAGUUUGCAACCACUAACCCCAAGUGCAGAGUUGACAUCCUCUUUGAAAUGUUUUUCGACAACGGCCCCCCCCCCCCCCCCCCCGUGUGGCUAUAAAUGUGACAUCAUAUUUUCAAGUUUGAACAUUUCUGAGGAGGCGCCCCUUUGAUCUCAUUGCUUCAUUGGGCUGUUGUGAUACUCCGUUCGAAUAGGAGGGAGGGGGCGGGGGCAUUUGAGACCUGAUGGCUAUUUGGCACAAUUGUUGCAUGUCCGCGAUGCCAUACCUCUCUCUCCACCUUUACGCCGUGUUCGUAAUCGUAUCUGUGUUGAGCUCAUGAAUGUAGAAUCGAAGCAGCGAAGGAGCCACGGCACGGGUUGCUGCAGCAUCUUCAACCCGCCGUGAAAUCCACUGUCUGCCAAUUGCGUACAAUUUAAACGCAAAGUAAUGCACUCUGGAGCGACGGCUAAACCACGAGACCGUACCAUGCCUUGUUUGAAGAAACACAUUUCUAUACGAAUGAUCUGCAGUUUCAGGUGCUGCCAAAUGUUUUCUGGGUCUUUUGCACUUGAAUUUUGACGACAAUAGGUCCUAACAGUCAUUUACAGGCAGUCAGUGAACGAUUGUACCUGCGUUGGUGUGCACAAGCACUGCUGAUCUUAAAUUCACUGCAGCCGCACGCAUUGAUUCAGACGUCAUAAAUGAUGUGUCAUGUUUCUGUUUCGGUAAGUGAUCAAUGUACAUACGUUUUCAAUUUUGUUUUUGCUCUUGUCAUUGUUGAGUUCCUUACUGCUUGUUUGUGAAUAGCUGAUUUGCGUUGGCCUCCAUUUUGUGAGGCAAAGAAUGUUGUUUGUUUGGUUUUUUUUUGUAAAAAAAUGUUUUUGUCUUAAACAGGAUCUACUAAUCCAUCUGGUUCAAUUGCAAUUGUUUGCUUACGCUCCCCCAGAAGGCACAUGGAUGGAAUCUUUCAUCAGCAAAUUCAAUGUUUUUGUUUUCCUAAUAUAAACUGAUUGCAAGGA